AUGGGGCUACCAUCACAGUUCGUCAACUGGAUAAGACUGUGCAUCUCAACAGCUUCUUUUUCGGUCUCAGGAGUCAGGCUCACUCAUUUGAGUUUUGCUGACGACAUCCUGGUCUUCACUGACGGUACCAUCGAGUCGGUAAAUGGGGUUAUAGAGGUUCUGAAGGAAUUUGCAGAUAUGUCUACCCUCCAUAUAAAUGCAUCAAAGUCUCAAAUCUUUGUAGCUGGAAGUGAUCAUACGGGCAUGAUUACUGAAGCAGAAUCUUUGGGAAUUGGAGUUGGAAAUCUACCUAUCCGAUACUUAGGUAUGCCUUUAACCACCAAGUCCUUAACAGCUCACGACUAUGAGCAUUGA